AUGCGGGGGAACAAUUAUAACUGCAUUCCUAUAACACCCAGAUCGAGAUUAGAGAGGCUACUGAGGGAGAGAGAGCUAAGAAAGUCAAACAAGUAUUUUGAGGAGACAAGAGAUGGCAACAAAGAAGCGGAACAAGUUUAUAGUGACUCGUUAACAGAGAGCGACAGUUUUAAUUCUCUCAAUGAGGAAGACAUUUCUGAAGCACUUGCUGUUGCGAAAGUAUUUCCAGAUAGAAGUCAAAGGCCGGAGGAGCGGCCACGCAAACAACGGUUGUUGGUGGUAGCUAAUAGGUUGCCUGUCUCAGCUGUUAGGGAGGGUGAGGACUCAUUCCACCUUGAGAUCAGUGUUGGCGGCCUAGUCAGUGCACUUUUAGGUGUAAAGGAGUUUGAAACUAGAUGGAUUGGGUGGGCUGGUGUGAAUGUAUCUGAUGGUGUUGGGCAGAAAGCAUUGACUAAAGCUUUAGCUGAAAUGAGAUGCAUUCCAGUUUUUCUUGAUGAGCAGAUUGUGAAUCAAUACUAUAACGGUUACUGCAACAACAUCUUAUGGCCUCUUUUUCAUUAUCUUGGGCUUCCACAAGAAGACAGACUUGCUACCACUCGCAGCUUCCAAUCUCAAUUUGAUGCAUAUAAGAAGGCAAACCAGAUGUUUGCUGAUGUAGUAAAUAGGUACUAUAAGGAAGGAGAUGUUGUUUGGUGCCAUGAUUACCAUCUAAUGUUCCUUCCAAAAUGUUUAAAAGAAUACAAUGACAAAAUGAAAGUUGGCUGGUUUCUUCAUACUCCCUUUCCUUCCUCGGAAAUACAUAGGACUCUGCCAUCAAGAACAGAGCUAUUGAGAUCUGUACUUGCUGCUGACUUGGUGGGAUUCCAUACUUAUGAUUAUGCCAGACAUUUUGUAAGUGCUUGUACUCGCAUUCUUGGGCUUGAAGGGACACCUGAAGGAGUAGAAGAUCAAGGGAAGCUAACUCGUGUGGCUGCGUUUCCUAUUGGGAUUGAUUCUGAUCGGUUUAUUCGAGCCCUUGAACUCCCUGAAGUCCAGGAGCACAUGAAAGAACUGAAAGAAAGAUUUGCAGGCAGAAAGGUAAUGUUGGGCGUUGAUCGUCUUGAUAUGAUAAAAGGAAUUCCGCAGAAGAUAUUGGCAUUUGAAAAGUUCCUUGAGGAGAACCCACGCUGGCGUGAUAAAGUUGUCUUGUUGCAAAUUGCUGUACCAACUAGGACAAAUGUUCCUGAUUAUCAAAAGCUUACAAGUCAGGUGCAUGAGAUUGUUGGCCGCAUCAAUGGAAGAUUUGGAACCCUUACGGCUGUUCCAAUACACCAUCUGGAUCGAUCACUUGACUUCUAUGCAUUAUGUGCACUUUAUGCUGUUACUGAUGUAGCACUUGUUACAUCUCUAAGGGAUGGAAUGAAUCUUGUCAGCUAUGAAUUCGUUGCAUGUCAAGCUUCCAAGAAAGGGGUUCUCAUUUUAAGUGAGUUUGCAGGUGCUGCACAGUCUCUUGGUGCUGGUGCUAUCUUGGUAAAUCCAUGGAAUGUCACAGAGGUUGCUGCUUCUAUUGGUUAUGCACUGGAUAUGCCAGCCGAUGAAAGAGAAAAACGGCAUCUAGUUAACUUCAAGCACGUGACAACUCACACUUCACAAGAAUGGGCAGCAACUUUUGUGAGUGAACUGAAUGAUACGAUUGUCGAAGCGCAGCUUAGGACAAGACAAGUUCCACCAUUACUUCCCAAGGGAGUGGCAGUUGAUUGUUACUCAAAAUCUAAUAACCGAUUAAUUAUACUGGGUUUCAAUGCCACUUUGACAGAACCAGUGGAUGCCCUUGGAAGGGGUGGUCAAAUUAGAGAAAUGGAACUUAAAUUGCACCCAAAUAUAAAGAAGCCUUUAAAGAAGUUGUCUGAUGAUCCAAAGACAACAAUUGUUGUUCUGAGUGGGAGUGAUCGAACUGUCCUGGACAAAAAUUUCAGGGAAUACAAUAUGUGGUUAGCAGCAGAAAAUGGAAUGUUUCUACGGCAUACUUCAGGUGAAUGGAUGACAACCAUGCCUGAAAAUUUACAUAUGGAUUGGGUUGAUAGCGUAAAGCAUGUUUUUGAGUAUUUUACCGAAAGAACUCCGCGGUCUCAUUUUGAGCUUCGUGAGACUUCAGUUGUAUGGAAUUACAAGUAUGCAGAUAUUGAGUUUGGAAGGCUUCAAGCAAGAGAUCUGCUUCAGCAUCUUUGGACAGGACCGAUAUCCAAUGCAUCUCUUGACGUUGUCCAAGGUGGUCGAUCUGUUGAGGUCAGGGCAAUUGGUGUCUCAAAGGGAGCAGCUAUUGAUCGCAUCUUAGGAGAGAUCGUUCAUGACAAAGGAAUGAAGGCUCCAAUUGAUUAUGUCUUAUGCAUCGGGCACUUUCUAGCAAAGGAUGAAGAUGUCUAUAAAUUUUUUGAACCUGAGCUUCCUUGUGAAUCAUCACCAUUAGCACGAGCUAUGCCUUCCAAUUCUUUAAGGUCAUCACCUCUGCCAAAAUUUCCAGUCAGCAAAAAUGGGUCCAAGGCAGCUCGCUAUAAGAAGCAACGUUCAAUGUCAACCAUAGAAAAGUUAGAAAUCGAUCAUGCAAGGGGCGAUCCAUGGAUACCAACUUAUCAUGAUAGAACAUCACUACAUGAGGGCUCUUCAGUGCUCGAUCUUCAAGGCGAUAAUUACUUCUCUUGUGCUGUUGCACGCAAGAGAUCAAGUGCACGCUACUUACUCAAAACCUCAGAUGAUGUUGUCAAUCUCUUAAGUAACAUGGCAGAUCAUUCAUCAACACGAUCAACUUAACUGAUACCCUUC